AUGACAAAUUUUAUGAAUUCAAUUGAACGUAGUAUUUCAGCAUCAAAUAAAUUUGUUCACUCUGAUAUUAUUACUCAAAUAAAUAAACCAUUUGUUGUUAUUAAUGUUGAUUCUCCAAAAUCACAUUCCUUCCUUUUUCCUGGAAUGACAUUAUUUGAUACUGCUAUUGAUGUGAUAAGUAAAUAUUAUAAAUCAAAAGGAACAUUAUUCUUUCAUUCAAUACCUCUUUCUAAUUGUUCACUAACACUAAACCAAAUGUAUAUUUCACCUUCUGAUCAUUUCGAGUUUCGAACAGAAAAUAACUCUGGUUUCUCAAAAGAAAUCAAUAAAUUUUCAAAUGAAUAUGGUAUUUCACCUCAAAAAGUUCAAAAGUAUAUUGACAAAGGUAUAAUCACAGAGUCAAUGUUAAUAAAUAAAGAGAGUUGUAAUAAUGAAAAGUUGUUGGUUGAAAAAUCUAUUAAAACGUUUAAAGAAAAUCCUUUUCUUCUUCCAGAAAUAAAUAAUAUUGAUUAUAUUAAACAGUCAUUUCCAACUUAUGUUAAUGCAAUGUUGAAUUAUGAUUAUGUUGGCACUAAAGUUGACCAAUACCUUUAUAUUGUUAGAUUCAUCCCUGUACUAUUUGGAGUUACUAAACAAAAUGUUUUUGAUUUUAUAAAUACUGAUAAUAUAUUAACUUUACCUGGUUGUUUGAUUAUUCUUCCAACAUUAAUUGAAUGUCUAAACACUUCAACAAAACUUGAUGAUAAAGCAUCUUUUAUUAACAGUGAAUUAGUUUCAACAUUUUAUGAAGCAUUAAAAAUAAUUAUUUCUAAUCCUUGUUUAUCAGAAAUUGAAAUUCUUCAAAUCUCAUUAUAUUCAUUAUUUAUUUAUGUCACUUCAUUACUGCUUAAUCUUCAAAUUCCUACUAUUUAUUCAUUAUCAUCUGUUUAUUUUUCAACACCACUUUCAUUACUUUUAACUCCUGAUAAUUAUUUAAAUAUUUAUAAACAUUUUAAUUCAACUCAAUCAAUAGAAAUGAAUGAUUCAUAUUAUUGUUAUUUUAUUCGUACACAUCAACACCAAGAACAGAUAGCUAAAAUACUUACUCAUCUUGAAAGUCCCAUUUUAAGAAUUUUGUUAUUAGAAGAUAAUCCAAUUUAUGACAUUCAGUCAUACUUCCCUUCAACACAAUUAGAAAUUGAUAAUACAGAUUAUUGUAAUGGACUCCAUUUCUUUCAACCUAACUCAACAAUUAUACCAUCAUUUUUAUAUGCGUUUAUGUCUACUGAACUUGUUGAAAAUAAACCUGAAAGUUCAAUUCAAUUAGUUACUGAAGGAUUAAAAAAGUUACAACAAACAAUCAAUAAUAAUCCAAUUCAACUAAUUAGUGUAGGAUAUUUUAGUUCAUUAUUUAAACAGUUACAAAGAAAAGAUGAGUUAAAUAGUUUAGAAGAAUCUAAAACAACUGGUGCAUUAAGUUUAUUAUCUUGUUUAGAAUUAUUUCUUGAAUGGGUUGGAGGUACAAAAUAUAUUAAGAAUUUUGCAUUAUACCAUUCAUUUAAUCCUUCAAUCCAACUCAUACCAGAUAAUUCACAAACAAAAUAUGCAUUAUUAGUACAUCAAAACACUAGUUUUUCUUUAUUUAUUGAAAGAGAGAUUAUUCCUAAAGAUUACUUUAUUGUUGGAGUAAUGCCAAAUAUUUCUGAAGAAUUUCCACUUCAAUUUACAAAUGGUGAAUGUAAAUAUCAAUUAAAUUCUGGUGUAUUUGGAACAGGAGAUAGAUAUCGUGCAGUUAUUCGAAUGAAUGGAGAAUAUAUUGUGUGUGAAAAUAAUUUACAAGUAAAGAUUAGUGAAUUAGAAUUAAAAUUAGCGUUAUCUGGAAUGGCAUCUUAUACACCACAAAUUUUGAUUUAUAAAAAAUUACCGUUAUUUAAUGUUCCAAGACUUCCAUAUCCAUUAUCAUAUAUUCCGUUAAUGAAAGAAGUUAUUAUAAAUCAAGGAGAUAUUUACCUUUUAAUAAAUAUGGAGAAAUGUUAUAAAAAUGUUAACAAACAAGACUCCUAUCGUUAUUUAAAGAAAAGGUUAUUAAAUGAAAUUAAUCCAUUUGAAUAUCUCAAUAGUAUUGAUUGGUGUGCUAAUGAUGCAAAAUUAUUUAGAAAAUUUCUUAGAGAAGCAGCAAUAAAAAAUCCAAAAAAUGCAUUACCAUUGUUUAAACUACAAUUUUUACAAACUAAUAAUCCAGAAGUAUUAAAUGAUAUUACUGAUAUUGCUGCUUCUUCUAUACCAGAAAUAUCAUAUCAAUGUAUAGGAUCAGAGUUAUUAGAUUCUAUUUUAUCUAUUCCAUUAACAAACUCAUUUCAAAGUUCAGAAUCAGUAAUUCCAUUUACAAGAUUUCUUCGAGUAUUUUUACCAUAUACAUUAGUUAAUAGUGAAGAAGGAAAUCCAUUUAGACAUUCAAAUACUAUAGAAAUUAAAUCAAUAAGUUUAAAUACUAAUAUUUUAAAAAUGAUGUUAUUAAGAGAUGAAAAAGAUGCAUCUGUUGUUCUUAAUUAUUUAUCAUGGAAUAAUAUGGCAUGGACAGAAAGUAUAUUAACAAUGCUUGAAAUAGGAAUGUUAGAUGAUUUGAAUUCAAAUAUAUAUAUUCAUUAUGCAUGGGAAAUGUUUGGACUAGAAGAUAAUUUAAAAAGUAAAAGAGUAGAAUGGUUAAAAAAGAAAUUACAAACUUAUGAAAUCAAUUGUUUUGAAAUUGCUGGAAUUACAGUUGAAGUUCUUGGUGGAAAUAAAGAGUUAUUACAAAAUUGUAGAAGUAUAAUAUUAAAAGAACUUCUUAAUAAAUAUCCAAUUGCUAAUAAAUUAAAACAAAUGAAUUAUGAAAUGAUAAUGAAAAAUAAAGACUCAAAAGAAUUUAAUGACUUUAAAGAUACUCGAAUUUUCAAAACACUUAUUAAAUGUUUAAAUAGUAUUAAUAAAAUGGAACAAGAUUUCCAAUUACCCGUUUGUAUUGAACGAAGUAUUAAUAAAAUGGCAUGUGUUCAACUUCAAGCAAUUCAAUUAAAUAAACAAAUUCAUAAUAAAGAAUAA